AUGCCUUCGAUGCCUUCGAAGCCAAGGCUCGGUGCCGCUCCUCCACCUCCCCUGCCGCCUCCACCUCCCCCCGCUGUCAAAAAGGCACCUACCCCGCCUCCAGCUCCUACGCCACCAAAAUUGACUGCGACCGGACUGGCCGGGGCGUUCAUGGUUGAGCUCGUGAUGUGGAACGGAGCGCCGUAUAAGGACUAUUGGGCGUAUUGGGUGCGUUCGCAUGUCAACUCUGCCGUAGGCGUUUUGAUUCAUGCCGCCGGCGAUGUGAUGAACGGCUUCAGAUUUGAGAUCAAGCGACACCAUGAUUUUCGAAUCACCGGCAACCCUCCCGACAAGAGGAUUCCGCUGCAAUGGGUCGACAAGUCGCAUUUUAACGAGGAAGCCAUGUUCAAUGGUGGGCUAUACAAGCUGGAUUACACACCAGUUUGCGGGUUCGAGGCGAGUGCGUAUGAAGCUUGCCGGGCACACCGUGGAAUACAAACCGCAUAUACUGGCAAAGAAACCUAUGCCCUCUGCGCAGAAUCUUUUCGAUCAAGGCUUGGAGACGAAGUGUGGAGGCGGAGAACGGAAACAAAUCGGUAUUGCUGA